AUGUCGGCAAAUAGCAAAUAUGCGUCCAAACUUGUCGGGGCACGUGUGCUCAUCAUCGGAGGCACUGCUGGUGUCGGCUUAGCUGUCGCCGCAGCUACUGUGGAACUUGGCGCCGCUGCCGUUGUCAUCUCGAGCUCGAACGCCGACCGAAUCAACGCGGCCGUAUCACACUUGCGGAAGUCCUAUCCAACAGCAAGUUGCAGCAUCAUGGGUUUUCCAUGCGACCUGAAGCAAGAGGAGCUACUCGAGCCCAACAUCGCGGCUCUUUUCGACGCUUCGACCUCAAACGGAACUGAGAAGCUCAACCAUAUCGUCUUCACUGCAGGCGAUCACCCCAUUCCGAGACCUAUAUCCGAGAUAGAUUUCAACUUUAUCAAGGAAGCUGGGCUGGUACGGUUUUUUGCUCCUCUAUUGAUAGCAAAAUAUGCCGCAAAGCAUAUUGCGCCAGGGCCCACGUCCAGUUUCACGUUGACGUCCGGCAUCAGUGCGUACAAGCCGUACCCGAAUUGGAACGCAAUUGGUGCAUAUGUCUCUUCUUCGGAGGGUUUGACGAGAAGUCUAGCGGUCGAGUUAAAGCCGCUGCGUGUCAACCUUGUUUGCCUUGGCCCAGUUGACACAGAUCUUAUGGCCCGCUUCUAUCCCAAGCCUGACGAGCGCAAAGCAGUUCUAGAUGCUAUCUCUCAGAAGGCUGUGACAGGAGCGGUAGGACAAGCUGAAGAUGUUGCAGAGGCAUUCUUGUACUGUAUGAAGGACUAUAAUUUGUCGGGUUCUGUGAUACACUCUAACGCAGGAAUGCUACUAGUUUGA